AAGGAUAGUGCGUCUUUUAAGGAACACCAUGGAGGAACAAACUGCAGACAUAGAGGUGACAGUCAAAACAUUAGACUCCCAGAGCAGGACCUACACUGUCGGUGCUCAGUUGACAGUGAAAGAGUUCAAGGAGCACAUCGCCCCUUCAGUGGGUAUCCCUGUGGACAAACAGAGGCUGAUCUACCAGGGCAGAGUGCUGCAGGAUGAAAGGACUCUGACAGACUACAAUGUGGGUGGCAAGGUGAUCCACCUUGUGGAGCGGGCGCCCCCUCCACCCUCCCAGCCUGGCUCAGGGUCAGGAGGCACUUCAGCUGACAGUGGGCCCUCCUCGUCCUCCCAAGGAACAUCCCAAGUGCCUCCACACGAUCGCAAUGCUAACAGCUACGUAAUGCUCGGCACCUUCAACCUCCCUGUCAACAUCAUGGACCCCCAGCAGAUACAGAUGUCAGUCCAGCAGAUGGUUGGAGAGAAUGCCAGGAAUGCCAGAGUCACAACCAGCACUGGUAGCAAUGGGUCCGUGAAUGUGCACAUUGAUAUGGACCAGCCAGUGCAGAGUGAGCCAAGGCUGAGGCUGGUGCUAGCUGAAAACCUGCUGAGGGACGUCAAUGAUGUCAUCCACCGAAUGGAGGGUCGGCCGAGUGACACAGCCUCCCAAACCGAGACAACUUCUGCUGCUGCCCCCCCUCCUCCCUGUUCUUCGUCUACCACCUCCACUCCGUCGCCUUCUUCCCAGCCCAUGGACACCUCCCCACCUCCAACAACUCCCCCACCUCCACCCACCUCUUCAGCACAGUCUGAGGGACCAACACCCCAACCUGGACCCAAUCAUCCCAGCCCUGCUGAGCUGGCGGAGAUGUUGUCUGAGCUACGGAGGGUGGAGGAAAGACUGCAGCCCUUCAUCCAGAGAGCUCACACCAUCCUGGAGACAGCCACUACCGCAGAAUACAACAACAAUACAGAGAGAGAGGAGGACCAGCGAACUCUCAUCCUGACUUGGGAGUGUCUCCGUCUCCUUGGUAACGCUCUUGUGGCCCUCAGUGACCUGCGAUUGAACCUCAUGAGCCCUGUGCCCCGCCAUCUACAUGUGGUCCGGCCUUUUUCCCACUAUGCCACCCCGGUCACUCUGCCUGGAGCUGUACACCACCACAUCCCGGUGCAAAUGAACCUGGGUGCCACAGUGACUGUCGCGGCUAACAGCACUGAGGGACAAGCCACGCCUACUCAGUCGGCCAGCCAGUCAGAGCAGGCAGGUCAGGGACAGACCUCCCCCCCACAGACUUCCCCUUCCAAUCAGCAGGCUGGACAGGGACAGGCUGGCCCCCGGGUCAUCAGGAUCAGCCACCAGGCAGUCCCGGUGGUCAUGAUGCAGAUGAACACGGACGGCCCAGGUGCAAACCCUGCAGCAGCUGGUCAGCAAAUGCCUGGACAACCAGGUGCCCUCCCCCCUGACUUUAUGCGAAAUCUCAUGCAACAGAUCAGCCAAUAUGCCACUGCUGCAGCUACUAGUGCCGCCACUGCCGGCACUGGCCAGCCAGUCCCGCCCCAGCCCACCCCUCCCGGCUACAGCUCCACAGCCAACUCCUCAACUACCACCACGGGUCCUAACACACCCACCACCACCCCUACUGCUCCCCCACCACCUCCCCACACUGGCCCACAGGCCAGGGUUGUGUUCACCCGACCCCCCUUUGCACCCAACAUGCCCCCUCCAUCUUUCGGGACACGGGGAACCACCAUCAAUGUGAGGGCUGCCAUGCCAGGCCAGCAGCCGGGACAGGCUUUCAACCCUGCUGCUCUCAACCAGAUGAUUAGUGGACUAGUUGGACAACUUCUGCUUCCUGGACAAAUGGCAGGUCAAACUGCAACAUCCUCAUCCUCCUCAUCCCCAUCUACAUCCUCCUCUUCUUCUUUUUCCUCCUCCUCUCAAACCUCCUCCUCCUCUUCCUCCUUUUCUUUCUCCACCUCAGGUCCAACACCUCCACCUACUGCAAACACUACUAGUCCACCGAGCCAACCUGAGACCAACGCCAGUGAGCCCCAGUCCCAGGAUAUGCCACCAGACCUCAGCCAACUCCUGGGUUCGCUCUUGGGGGUAGCAGGUGCGGCUGGUGCAGGCCCUGGUGGAGCCCCCUCUAUCACUGUCACCACAUCUGGUGUCCCAGCUUUCAUCCAGGGAGUGAGUGAAUUCAUGCAGCAGGCCCAGCCAAUCUUUACUGCACCCCCACCUCCCUCUGGUACUACUCCAGCUCCUAGUGCAGGGCCCAACCCAAUGCCUAACCCCUCUGCAGCAGCCGAAGCCCUCAACCCGGAGUUGUUCACAGGCAUCGUCCGUGGCGUUCUGAGCACCAUGAUGGGCUCUCUGGGCCAAGCCCAGAAUGACACAGAGAGCAUUGCUCAGUUCAUGCAGAGGCUGUCCCAGGCAACCAACAUCUUCAUCAGUCCUGAGGAUCCUACCGGGUUUUUUGGAGAGCUGCUGAUGUUGGUGUGCCAGACGUUCACCAUGUCAGACCUGGUGAUGCUGCUCCAUGGCCAGCACCACCCUCUGGGUCGCAUUCAACCUCAGCUGUCCCAGUUCUUCACCCAGAACUACCUCAAUGGCAUAGAGCCCACCGACCAGAACAUUGCUGAGUCUGCCGACAGUCUUGUCAAUGAACUGGGGGAGUACAUCACUGAGAGCUUUAGAGAGUCUUCAGUCACCGUGAUGGAGGGUGUUGAUAUUACUCAGACCAACAUGUCUUUCUUUAGACAGCAACUGACUCACAUCGCCACACACAUUCUGCGUUGCACUGAUGACUCGUUUGGGCCCCGGUUGCUACAGAUGUGUAACCAGGCACUGUUUGAGUGUCUUGCCCUCAACCUGCACUGCCUGAGAGGAGACCAGAGAGCUCUUACUGCAGUCAUCAACCACCGAAUACGGAGGAUGUCAAGUGAUAUCAGCCCCAGCCUUGUCAACUGGAUGACCAGCAUGAUGACCAUGAGGCUGCAGGUCAUUCUGGAGCACAUCCCUGUCACACAGGAGCAGAUCCAGAACUACAUAGUUCACUCACAGAGAGAUCAGUCUUCUGCAACUGGCCCACAAGAGCCUGAACGAGCACAAAGUGCAACGAUAGGGGACACCCUCUCACCAGCUGCAGCAACCACAGCAGAGGAGGCCAUGUCAGUGUCACAUGAACAAAGGGCACCCUCACGGGAGACAAGGGUGUUGCCUGGGGACCUGGGAGCCUCGGGAGGAGCCGCGCCAUUAGGCGGCGACAUGGCAGCAGCAGGAGCUGAGGGAGGGCGUGAGGAGUCUGCUGGCGAGUCAGAGGCCUGGGCCGCUGCUGUUCCCCCUGAGUGGGUGCCCAUCAUCAGGUGUGAUAUGAUCACCCAGAGGAAGAUGAAGGCUCAGCCUCCGAUGUCUGAUGCCUAUUUGCAUGGCAUGCCAGCUAAACGCAGAAAGACAGGACAGGGUGGUGGAAGUCUCCUCUCCCUCUCUGAUGCAGUGAGUCAAGCAGCCAGGACAGCUGGAGUGAAGCCCAUCACCUCUGCUGAGCGAUUACAGGACGAUCUGGAGACCCAGGAGCUAAAGGAAGCGUAUGCAGAACAGGUUAAAGCCGACAUCAAGAAACGAGUGAGGGAAGACCCAGAUUUCAACUCUCAGCAGUUCCCCAACGCACACAGAGCCUUCUCAUCAGACUCAUAAUCAGACUCAACUGAGAAGCAUUCUGUUUUCAUCUUCAUGUGUAUUAUUUUUUGGAUCUUCGUAAACCCCCCCAACACCCAAAAAAAUAGUCUGUACACCUUUUUUUUAAUUUUUUUUUUUUUUCUAAAGCAGUUAGCAGCUCUCUAGUCUACUUAUCUAAUGCAAUCGUGACAACUUCCCCAGAACCUAUUUAUUGCUUUGUGUUUAUUUUGAUCCAACUUUUGCCGAGAGAAUGUUCCUUAUCAAAAAGGUGUUAUAUUAGAUUUAAGUUUCACUAAAGUAGGUGACUUUAACUCUGUUUGGAUACAUGUGUACAUCUGUACUUCUUUUUUGCCUUCUUAUCCUUGUGUUGCUUUGUUAAUAUGGAGCCUGAGUUCUCACUAUUUAGUGGACUUUUACCUUCUUCUCAAUACUCCUCUCUAUACUCUAAAGUGCAAGAGUAUACCUUCAUGUGAUGCACAUGCUGUACAGUACAUGAAUGUACAGUAAGCUUAAUAAAAAUCUUGAUACAACAUAAUAUUUUUUUUUUUUUAUAUUAUUCUCAAAUACGUCUGCUCGUAAAUAACAUGAAAUUGCAGUGCAGAAAUGCCGAAGGUAUGUUUGGUAUUUUAGAAACCGUGUUGCUGUUACCACUGGUGGAGGACGCGUUUAAACCCUUAAGUCAAAGUUAAAUUGUACAAGUGUACUCAGCAAAACGUAUCUAACGUAUCGAAAGUCAAAAGGAAAAGCAGAAAAACAUCACAUUUGAGAAUCUGGAACCAUGAAAUAUUUGGCAUUUUUACAAGAAAAAAACACUUAAGCCAAUUCAUUUUCUUUCAACCAACUAAUUGUUAUACAUACUGUUGGGUAGUUUCAUCCAUGACAAAGCAUAUUUUAUGAGCCCUCUAUGUUUCGUAUUUAAAAUCUCGAACUAGUCUUGUGAAGUAACUGCAGCUGUCUGAUAAAUGUAGUGGAGUAAGAAGUACAAUAUUUGCCUCUGAAAUUUAGUGGAGUGGAACUAUUAAGUAGCAUGAAAAGAAAAUACUCAAGUAAAGUAGAAAUAAUACAUAUUUGUACUUAAGUACGAUACUUGAGUAAAUGUACUUAGAUUCCACCACUGGCUGUUGCAUAUUUUGUCCACUAGAGAGCGCUGAUAAGUUUAUUUUUCAACUGUAAAAUGUCUUGCUCAGUACAUAUCUGGGUCUGAGUUCUUUAUGAGCCAAAUUUAAGGGAUCCCAAUUAAAAUGUUUCAUUUUGUGUUUAAAAACUAAAGCUUGCAAUAAUUAAUCAGGCUCCAGUUGAAAGCACAAGAGAAAAGGAAUCUGCAUUCAUUGUCUUACAGCUUGGGAAAAAUUGCACAACGUCAGAAGUAUAUGGGGGGAAAAAAAAAAACAGGGUUAUAUAUUGAGUAACUGUACAGCCUCUGACAUUUCAAAUAUCAGUUUGGAGUUGUAAAGAAUCGUCUUCACCUAUAAAGUGAUCUAUAAAAUGAUCUUAUUCCUCUGCUGUUGGCUUUAAUCAUAUCAAACAAACAAAAUUUUGCCACCGAUCCAACUUUCCACAGUCUAAACAAUUAAUCUAUUAAUAAAGAAAAUAAUCGCGGGACUCAUUGGUAAUGAAAAUAACUGUUGGUCGCAGCGCCAAUUCACAGCCCUCCUCCUGUGCAAAAAUGUAUUCAAAACUUUAUGUGAGGCCAAAGUGAGGCUUUAGCAGACCGAGUUAGACAAAUCAAGUGGAUAUCUUCCAAAGUUACAGCCUUUUUUUAGAACAAAAUUCCCUCCUUUUUGUUACUGUCCCCUUUGCUACUGUUACUCAGGCUCUCAGCCGAGGGGCGCAGUUUGUUAUGUUCUGACAGGAGACUGUCGUAUUUUCUGAGGAGCAAAUGCGGAGAAACGCGAGUUUGAUCUAAAACACUUGAGCAGAAGAGGUAGACAGAGGACAUAAGGAAUCCAAAUGACUUUUCCCGAGAUCCGAGCUGACUUCAAUUCACCCUGAGAACAUUUCUAGUUGAUAAAGUUACACAACACCCGAACCAUUUUUGUCCCUUAUAAUUCGGAUGGACUGCUCCCAGGUUGUUUGCCUGUUAAAUGAUUUAACUGUUCAUUGUUUUUUCUGCUGCAUCAAAUGAUCAAUUAACUGCUCCAAGAGUCAGCAGGGGAAGAGCUUAACACUGCUCUAUUUGUCUUAAACCAUACGAUUCUCUACAAUUCCUUAUAGAAUUUACAAACACACCUUUAUAUAUAUAUAUGUACAACAUACUCACCAUGUGCCACCUCCCUUCUUCUCUGAAAAUGACCUUUGACCCUGGAAGUACUUCCAAACCUUUCCUGUCCAGAAUUGUGGGUUUUACAGUAUUUUACAAAAUGCGUUGGCACAAUUUCAAAGCGUAAACACUCUGCAUUAGAUAAAACAUCAUGCAGUGAGUUUUCUUAGAGCACAGCAUUGUAUAUGUUCAUCAAUCAAUUUGAAUCAUUGUUGCAUAUUAAAAUA